AUGGCCAACUAUGCUGGCGGAUUCGGAUUCUACAACACGAGCACGACUCCACCCUUACCUCAGGCGUCUUUCACACCGAGUUGCUCGAGCCCUGGCCGAGAAGCUCCACCUUCUCCACUGGACGGAUAUCCAACCACACAGGGUUACGAUAUGUCGGCAACGAAUCCUUACACGCAUCAUGGUCCUCCUUCGAAUUUCUACCCAACGAUUGCGACAUCGACUCCGUACAUCAAGGAUAGCGACCCCUGGCGCGGAAUAUCUCCAGCCCAGCCGUAUUACGACGCUACGUUCACUUACGGGUACUCGCCCAGCGGAGGCGGAUUCGAACUACAAACUACGAGACGGAAAAAUGUCACCCGCGACUCUACGUCUACACUGAAGGCGUGGCUUAACGAACACAAGAAGAACCCGUAUCCCUCGAAGGGCGAGAAAAUUAUGUUGGCUAUCAUAACGAAAAUGACCUUGACUCAGGUUUCCACAUGGUUCGCAAACGCUCGACGGAGACUCAAAAAGGAAAACAAGAUGACCUGGGAGCCCCGGAACAAAUGCGACUUCGAGGGCGACCUCGAAGACCCACAGCAGCCGGAGAACUUCCAUCAGCAGACGAGCACCGAAGUCGGACCUCAUAACGUCAUGCACCCCCUCAGCUCACAAGAGAUGUACCCUUCGAACGGGGUGGAGUCUCCCAAACCAAAGAUAUGGUCUCUAGCGGACACCGCCACAAAAACGGGUUGGCACACCGACGAAGUUCAUCCACAAUCGGAGAACAACAAAAGCCCAUCGAUGGCCCUGGAUUUUUUCUAUCAUCAAGGCGAGGAAGCGAACAGCUCCACAGCCCAGCAGUAG